UUCUAUAUGUAUAGAUAUACUAAUUUUGAGUAUAUCAGUAUAUAUAGCUAUACCUAUUCUGCUGAUGUCGUAAAAAAGUGAAAGGAGUUCGGAGCUCUCGACCCCCUCCUACAUAAGCUCCGCUUUUCAAAUUUUCCCGCUGACAUGGCACUCAAGCACGUCGUCGUGGGCGGCGGAACCGGUUACAUUGGCUCGUGCAUUUGUACUGCGUUGCAUAAUUUAAAUGUCAGGACGACUGUUAUUUCGCGUAUGCCAGGUCCAAAGCGGAUUACUUGGCAAGAGCUGGAAACCAAUGGACUUCCAAAGGACACAACGGCCGUGAUUAACGUUGCUGGACUGAAUAUUCUAGACUUUAAGCAGCGAUGGAGCCCAGGAUUUAAGCAAAAUGUAUUCAAUAGCAGAGUCAAAACUACGCAGGAGCUAGCAAAAGCUGUGGCAUGUUCCGAUGCUAAAGCUUUUGUCACAAUCUCUGGAGUGGCCUACUACCCACCUGAUGGUAAAGACUACACAGAAAAUGACAAGUGUGAAAAGUAUGACUUUUUAUCAGGAUUGUGUCAUGACUGGGAAGCUGCUGCACAACUGCCUAAAGAUUCAGCCAGACAAGUUACUAUACGAUCAGGUGUUGUUUUAGGAAGAACAGGAGGUAUGAUUCAACAAACCUUUCUUCCAUUUUUCUUUGGAGUUGGCGGACCACUGGGGAGUGGUACACAAUAUAUGCCUUGGAUUCACAUCAAAGAUCUUAUUAAUCUAUUUAUUCAUGCCUUAAAAAACGAAAACGUCACAGGAGUUUACAAUGGUGUAGCACCUGAGCUGAUAACAAAUGCAGAGUUCACCAAAACGUUUGCAUCAUCUCUAAGUAGACCAGCAUUCAUACCCCUCCCAGCAUUUGUACUGAAGGCUCUGUUAAAUGAAGAACGUGCAAAGAUUAUGUUGGAAGGUCAAAAAGUCCAUCCUAAAAGAGUUCUGGAGUCAGGAUUCAAAUAUGAAUAUCCUACUAUAAAAGAAGCUUGUGAUCAAUUUGGAGUGUUAUUUUAUAAGGAAGAAUACUGAUUGUGUACAUGUUGAUUGUAGUUAUACUGUAAAUAAAAAUUAAUUGAUAACUUUUAAGUUAUAAGAAAAACAGUAUUAUGUUUGAAAUAGUUUAAACUGCAUUUUUUGUAACAAAUAAAUAACGACUUCAUAAGA